GGAAGGACCAAAUGUUGGCUAUCAAUGGCAUUCCUCUGUCGUCUCCUCCCCAUUCUUAAUCCUUCCUCGAGACUUUCUCGUCUCAGAUACAGGCACUGCCAUAACCAUUCAUCUGCAAACUCCAACAAGAUCGUUGACUUUCUUUAUCUGCUGAAGCUCUGUCGCUCUAUCAAGGAAUUGAAUCCUCUCCACGCUCUUCUCAUAGUAUAUGGUCUCGAAAGGAAUGAGCUUCUGCUAAGAGAGUUUUUUGGGUCUUGUUUUCAUCUGGGUGUUCCUUAUUUAGCUCUCUGCGCGUUUAAACGAAUCGAAAAGCCGAGCCUUAGCUUGCAGAACUUGAUGAUCAGAUGCCUCUGCCACUGCGGUUUAUACGACGACGUUUUACGUGUCUAUCUCCAUUGUCGGGUCUCGGGAUGUUCUUCUAAUGAUUUCACGUUUCCGUCGGUGAUUAAGGCCUGUGCGGCUCUGGGAGCAACAAGGACCGGACGAGAGAUUCAUUGUGUUGUUUUGAGAACUGGGUUUGAGAAGAAUGUUGUUGUACAAACUGCUUUGAUUGAUCUUUAUGCGAAAUGCGGUUGUUUAAGGAAUGCACGUAACGUGCUCGAUAAAAUACCUGAACCAGAUUUGGUUUCUUGGAACGCAUUGAUUUCUGGUUAUUCGCUGAAUGGACUUGAUUGGGAAGCGGUUGAGGCUUUCAGGAGGUUUUUUCUGAUGGAUUUUAAGCCAAAUGUGAGCACUUUCGCUAGUAUGAUUCCUGUCUGUGCCCGUCUCAGAUGGUUUAAAAUUGGUAGAUCCUUACAUGGAUUUGCUGUGAAAUGUGGAUAUUUGGGGAAUGAUUUUCUCGUUCCCGCUCUCGUUUCGAUGUAUGCUGGUGACAUGGACUUGUGUAGUGCUAGAAAUUUGUUUGAUUUCAUGUUGCAGAAAAACGUUGCCACUUGGAAUGCCAUGAUCUUUGCUUACACACAGAUGAAAAUGCCAGUUGAGGCCUUUGUUAUGUUCCGAACAAUGCUCCAAAAAGGCGUACAGCCUAACUUGAUCACUUUUGUUUCUAUCAUUCCUUCUUGUGAGAAUUUUGUUUUCAAUAGCAAGUCUUUAGGUGAGUCUCUUCAUGCCUCUGCAAUUAGACAUGGGUCUGGAAACCAACUUCCCGUGUCGGCAGCGCUUCUGUCGAUGUAUGCCAAGUUUGGCGAUCUUGGUUCAGCAAAUUAUAUUUUCUAUCACAUGCCUAAUAGAGACCGACUGUCGUGGAACGCUUUGAUUUCUGGGUAUGUCUAUAAUGGCUUGUGGGAGUUAAGUUUGAGUGCAUUUAGUGAAAUGCAGUCCGCAGGAUUUGAUGCAGAUGAAGUUUCCAUUGUCAGCAUUAUCUCCGCAUGCUCCAAACUGGACGCUUUUUGGCUUGGUAAAUCCGUGCAUACAUUUACUUUAAGAAACGGUUUCGAGUCAAAUCUCAACGUGUCAAAUGCAUUGUUGGCAUUUUACGCUGGUUGUCAUCAGCUUUUCUCAUGUUUUAAGUUAUUCCAUGAAAUGCCUAUACGAAGCACUAUUUCGUGGAAUACUUUAAUAUCCUGCUGUGUGCACAAUAGUGAACCGGAAAGGACAGCCACGGUUCUUCACCAGAUGCAGAAUGAGGGCCUAGAGCUGGAUCCAGUGACCCUGAUAAGCAUACUCCCUAUUUUUACUGAGAACAAGAAAAUUGGACAAGGAAUGGCUAUUCAUUGCUACACUGUGAAGUCCGGGUUUGCACUAGACAUUUCUUUAGUCAAUGCACUCAUCAGCAUGUAUUGUAACUGUGGAGAUCUUCAUGCCGCGAAGUUUCUUUUUGAAGACAUGCCUGAAAAGAGUUCGGUGUCAUGGAAUGCGAUGAUGACCGGCUUUCGGUGUCGGGGUUUACACAAGGAUGUAAUGAUCUUGUUUGGUAGAAUGUUAACUGAAGGAAAAAGGCCAAAUCACAUAACGCUUCUGAACUUAUUGCCUGCAUGCUGCAACCAAUUACAAGGUAAGUCUAUCCAUGCUUUCGCAAUUAGAACAGGAGUUGCACAAGAAACUCCCUUUGUUACGUCUCUGGUAAUCAUGUAUGCUAGAUUUGAUAACAUUAGAUUGUGUCGCUUACUGUUUCAAAUGGGGAAAAAAGAGGACAUCUCUUUGUGGAAUGCCCUCAUGUCCGUUCAUACACAAAUGAAGAAUCCCAGAAAGGCAAUUGCCUUGUUCCCCAAUUUGCUUCAAAUUGGAUUAGAACCUGACAAUUUUACGGUUCUAAGCUUAAUUGCUGCCUGCAUUCAACUAAAUAGCCUCAAGCUUGCCGAUUCUACGAUGGCUUACUCGAUAUGUAAGGGAUUUGACAAAGAAAUAGCAAUCAACAAUGCCCUUAUAGAUUUGUAUGCAAGAUGUGGAAACAUUUCAACUGCAAGAAAGCUAUUCAAUCGUUUGAAAGAAAAGGAUGAUGUCUCCUGGAGUGUGAUGAUUAAUGGGCACGGUUUAAAUGGGGACGGUAAAGCUGCUUUUGAUCUUUUCCAACAGAUGAAACUUUCAGGGUUAAAACCAGAUAGGAUUAUCUAUUCAACUCUUUUAUCAGCCUGCAGCCACUCUGGCUUAGCUGAGGAAGGCCGCAGGGUCUUCAACUCCAUGGUGGAGAGCGGGAUAUCGCCUGGAGUGGAGCACUACGCUUGCUUGGUUGACCUUCUUGCAAGAACAGGCAACUUGAGAGAGGCUUAUGACGUUGUUAAAGAACUACUACCCUGCAAAUCAUCCACAAGCCUACUUGAGUCUCUUUUGGGUGCUUGUAGCAUCUAUUGCAACGUCGAACUCGGAGAAAAAAUUAGUAGAACGCUCUUCAAUUUGGACCCAGAAAACCCGAGAGCAUAUGUGAUGCUCCACAAUAUCUAUGCAGCUGCUGGGAGGUGGGCAGAUGCUGAGAGAGUGAGGUCCGAGAUCGGAACAAGACGAUUAAGAAAAGUACCUGCUUUUAGUCUUUUUGUUGGGGAUGGAGUUAAUCAAUAGGAAUUUUUUUUUUAGUACUAAUCAAAUACCAGUUUCUCCAAUCAG